AUGAGUUGCUGCUCACCGAAUUUCGUCACCAAUAUUUUAAUUUCACUUUUGAUCAGCUCUUUUGCGAUAGCAUUUGAGGUGAGUGGUGAUGAGGUAGUCUUAAGUCCAUAUAAAGAGCCAACCACUCCGGAACCGAUUUCUCUCACCUUGGCUAACGAUGAUCCAAUUGAGAUCAGUAGUUUUUCGGUUUCUGACGACGAUGACGACGUGCCGGCAGGAAUCUACUUUCGAGUCAGUCAAAAGGGUAUUGACUAUAUCACAAGUUUAGCGGCAGAAGCUUUGCCGCAGUUACUCGACAAGUUAGUGCUACCAACUGUCGACAAUCCACAAAUCAAAAUUUCGAAAAUGACCAUUCAAAAGUUUGUGAAGCCAACGAUUGAGGCCAAAUUCCUCGAUGGUCUAGGUGUUAGAGCACACGUUCACUUGCCUGAGGUGAUGGUGAGUGCUAUAUAUGAUGCGUCGACGUUUUUCACUACGUAUACCGGUAAAUUUAAAGCGGAUGUUGAGAAUCUCACGGUCACCAUGGAGGUUUACGUGAGUCGUAAUGAAACUGCCAAGAUUAAUAUCAUUGAGGUGGGCCGCAGAUUCGAUUUACUGUGA